UAAUAGAGAGAUUUCAGCAGCAAAAAUACAGAAAGCCUGGUUCAUUUAUGUGGACAAAACAUUGUUUAAACUCCUAAAACAUACAGUUUGUGCAGCGAUUCAGUGGUGAAACGUUUCCACCGUGCAUCGUGUUUAAAAUUUUUUUUAAAAGUGAUGGCCAUAGUUACAAGUAUUUCAGCGGGAAAAAUUUACUAAAGCCGUCAAGUAAGCAUCCUGAAAGCUUCAUCGCUUGUCUUGCUGGGUCUCGAUCAUCCACGUGUCUGAGAACCUGCUAACAAACAGAAGGAAGACAACUGGAUCUUAGGAAAUCCCAACUCAACACAUAGAUCCUUUUAUGGACACUUCAUCUGACAAAACCAUGGAAAAUCAGAAGGUACAGAACCAGAGAAAACCAGCUGGUCAGAGAUGGCCCCCACCAGAAGAGAAUCCCAGGGUGAAAUGCAGAGACUGUGGGGCCUUUGGGCACACUGUAAGAAGCAGAAAGUGCCCUAUCAAGUGUUGGGAUGGGGCCAAGACACCACAACUCUUGGGAGUAAAGAAGGAAAAGGAGAACCAGGACCCACAGAAGAAGCCGCAGAAUCCCCAGAAUCCUGAGCCAGAGCACGAGACAGAAAAAGAGAGAGAAGAGAGGGAAACACUAGAGAAGAAGAAGAAGGCUCUCAUGCUCAGAUUUCCCAAGAAACCCCCAGAGAAGAAGCCACAGAGUUGGAAGGAUACAACGAAUUCUGGUGACUAUCUGAGGCGCCCGAGCAGACCAACAUUCGUCCAUGUCAGCAGGAAAUUAUCCCUGAGCCAUUCUCAGGUUAGUGUGCCAGCAGAUGAGAAAUCUGAUGGCCAGCAGUGCCAUACAGCACCUUCCACAGAAGACCCUGAUAUGAUCGUACCUCUUGAAGAAGAAUAUCAGACCUGGGAUGUCCCUAGCGUGUCAACAACAACAACAACUGGGCACAGUGAUGAGGACCCAGAGCUCAGUGACGAUCCAACCGACCAAAGCACAGAGUAUUGCUUCUAUCAAGUUCCAGAGGCUGCCUUCCAAGAGCAGGAAAUGGGCCACAUGUUUAAUACUCUGUCCGCAGCCCAGCAAGCUGAUGAAGAUAAACAUUCCCACCUGUAUUCUGCAGCGCAUACAGAGAGCCAGGGUGCUGAACUCAGCUUCAAGGUAACCACUAAGAGAAAUUUCCAGAUCCAUACCCAGAUUAUCCAAAAUUCUACAAAGAAAUUUCGACUAAGCUACCAAACACACAAGAAGAGUACCAAAAGGCCUAUGUUGGGGGCCUCCCAUCCUCUGCCAUGUUCUAGUACCAGUAGAGUUGAACCAAAAGGAUUACCUCAAGGCAUCAGUGUUGAACAACAGCCUCCACACAACAAAGCUCUCCUGAAUUUCACUCAGCCUUGCACUGAAUCCCAUCAUCCACUGGCCAGCCAUAUUCCAGUGCAAUCCCUCCGAAUGGUCUUCACUAGAUUGGGAAAUGGCUGCUGGAGCUCCAGGAUCUUGGAAGCUUCCUCAUUCCACGUUACUGAGAAGAAAAUAACUCCGAUUAAGAUUACACUGUCCCUGAAGAGGUCUGGGGGACAGUCUUCCUGGGUCUUUCAUAAGUAAUAUUCCAACCUCCUCCUCUGAGGAGACUAAAAGAGAAGAAGCCAACAUGAAAACAGAGACUGCCUCGGGGAGGACUUGUGGAAGACUGUUGGGUAGAGGGGAGGAGAGCAGAGGAAGCUGACUGAGCCAGUUGAACCGGGUCCUUUGCACAAGCCUGGGAACAGGCAAGAUACUAUCAACAGCACAGCAGCCGGACACUUACUAUUCAGAGCACAUAAACUGUACUUCGAGUGGAGCUUACUGGAGUGAAACGUUAAGGAGUUUUAUGUGAAGUCUGUGAGAAUUUGAGCUGGCAUGUACGCGUGCUUGCUUACUCACACAUAAGUGGAAAACAGGAAUUAUUCUGUUCAGGAGUUAUUCUGUGGUGUUCACAUCCCUGCAUUAGUGGAAAGUCUGAAUGAUCUCUACGACCUCCAUCUUCACGGAAGGGCGCGCUCGUGGGUAAAAGCCAACGUGAAGAAUGUUCAUUUGCACUUACAGGAAGAACGUUCAUUUGCACUUACAGAUGCUUUACAGAUGCUCUUCUUUAAUGACUUUUAAGUACGUCUUAAAAAUAUGUUUCAGUGUUGAUAAAGUUCUCAAAACUAUGCCAAAGAAAGAAGAAAAUGCACCUUUAUGCCUUUCCUAAUGUGACACAGCUGUCACUCUCAUGAAGUAACCAGCCCUAACAGUUCAUUCUGAUGCCUUCAUUUUCCCUAUGAAAUGAGAUUUUAUAAUUCCGUUUGUUCUUAUUAUUAAGAUGUUAUCACACUAUUCAGCCUUUUUCAGUGGACACUAUAAUGUUCUUUUAAUGAACAGAACAUACUCAACUUGAAGAGAACAGUUUGGACUGCCCUUGUCCCUUUCAUUCCUUUUCAAAAUAUAUUUGAGUAAUAUGUAACUUCAUAGUUGAAAGAAAACGUGUAAUGGUGGUGGGGUUUUUCUUGUUCUGAGUUUACAUUUUUGAACUUUGAAUAAAAGUUUCUUCAG